AUGCGCGUUUGUGUACCCCUAGAGUGUGAGUGUGGACCGGUGAAGCUCCUCUUCGUGCUGGACAGCUCCGAGAGCAUCGGGCUUCACAACUUCACCCUGGAGAAGGAGUUCAUCAUCCGCAUCAUCAACAAGAUCACAAAGUUCAGCAAGGACAAGAAUGAGCCUGGCUCUCGUGUGGGCGUGGUCCAAUACAGUCAUGAAGGGACUCAGGAGCUGGUGUCCAUGGAUGACCCCAACAUCACCUCACUGUCCCAGCUUAAAAGUGCGGUGAAGAACAUGCGCUGGAUAGCUGGGGGUACCUACACAGGUGAAGCACUGGACUUUGCCAGCAAGGCUUUCCGCACCUCCCAGCUUGACCACAAGGUGGUGAUAGUGUUGACAGAUGGCAGGUCUGACCCACGUGACACAAAGCCACUGUCAUCACUGUGCAGCAUACCCAACAACAGAGUGCUGGGAAUAGGGAUCGGUGACGUGUUCCGCCGAGCUCCGCAUCACACGAUGCUGGGGAGAAUCAGCUGCUUGGAGUCAUUUGGUGCAGGACAUUACCUGAAAAUAACAGACCACUCUCAGCUUCUGGAAGAUUCCUUCUUUGAAAAUGUCACCAACUAUAUCUGUCAAGACAAAAAGUGUCCAGACUACACAUGCCGAGCUGAGUUCAAGGAGGCAGCUGACAUCGUUUUCGUGCUUGACGGAUCCUCCAGUGUGGGCCAGAGGAACUUUGAGCUAUCCCGAGCAUUUGUGGGACACAUGGCGGAGCGGCUGCUGUCUACAGACUACAGUGGACUCCUGCGCCUCUCGGUCCUGCAGUACGGCGGGGCCCGGCAGCAGAGCGUGGAGGUCCCGUUCACCGACCAGGUGGACGACGUGCUGACCCGACUCCAGGCCGUGCGGUACAUGGACGGCACCACGGACCUCCCGGCCGCCCUGGGCUUCUUAACCACCACCGUCAAAAGGGAGGGUCGGCGCGGGGUUACCCAAAAGGUGGUGCUCUUCACGGACGGCCGGUCUGAGGCCACUGCCCGUGCUGACAUACCCAAGGCUGCCGCAGCCGCUCUGGGGCAGAACAUGCAGGUGUUUGCCCUGACGGUGGGGGAGAUCGUGGACGAGACGGGCGUGUGCCAGCUGGUGACUGGGCAAGCCAGUGGGUACAGUUAUGAGGCUGUGGACCGCAGAGUCCACCGGGUGGCUCAUUACUCUGAUCUGACCAGGCGGGUGAUCAUGCAAAGCCUUGCCAAAAAAUUGGCUAAAGCCUGACUGCCUUAAAUCGUGCAGGCGAUGGUGAUAACUGUAAUAGCUACUGGUAUUAAUAUUGACAGUAUUAAUUCUGUGACAUAGGGGUUUUAAGAGUAACUACUGUAAUGCUUGGAGACGAUUUAUUGUUGUAUGUUUGUGGUUGUUAAAUUGUUAAAUCCCAGGAUUUCGGGAUUUUACAGGCUGUACAUUUGCCUACACUACAUUAUCAUCACAGACAUGAGUAACCUAUGGGAGACAAUGAUAUGUGAAAAUACACUGGAAGACUACAUUCAAUAAAGAUAUGUGGAAAAGAUGUUUGUUUUCUUGAAAUCAAUGUAUAGAUUAAUUGAGAAUGCGUACCUAUGAGAGAUGAUAGGCCUAUGUAAAACAAUACGCUAUAGGCUUAAAUAAAGACUUAAUUAAACAUGAGAUGGGGAAAAAAAA